ACCAGGAAGUGUCAGUUUUUCAGAUGUUUUCAGCAUGGAUAUGUAAUAAGAACGUUUUCAGUCGUGCCAGUUAUACAAUUAUAUCAACUAUAUGAAUUUCCAGACAUUGGAAAUUGUUUUUCGGACGUGGCUUUAAGCUCAACAAUGUGAGAUAAUAUGUGGCACUUCACGUGAAUUAAGAAGAGAUGAGAUUCAAAACUACCGACAAGGAAGAGAGGAACUAAGAACUGCCAGAAGUCCGAAGGUCGACUUAGUACCACUUUAUUACUUUUCUUCUACAAAACAUGAUGAGGUGUGGCGUAACAAAGUCAGCUCUUCCUUCUUCACUAAUGUGGCGACUUUCAUGGGUCUGCCUUUGUGAGCUUACUCAACGUUAGCUUCUGAAGUUUGUCUCGUAAGAGUUUGAAGGAGUGAGGAAAAUGGACGAACUGAUCACUAUCAGCUCUGACAGUGAUAAAGACGAAGACUCUGAUGUGGAAAUCAUCGGCUGCUUCAGUAACGUUGUGAAGCGGGAUGACCCGCUGCCCCUCUCGGCGGUGAGGGUGGACGUCGAUGCUGUCAAAGUCAACAUCCCAACGCUUUACAUUGACCUCUCAAAUCCUAGAUGGACUCUUCCAGAGCUGAAGUCGCGCAAAAAACAUUUAGAUUUGCCCGAGACCAAUGUAGUUAAGCGGACAAAACAAGAAUUGAAGACAUUUUCACCAGAUAACUCUAAAACGAAAAUACCAAACAAACACGAUUUAAACCUACGGACGAGGUCUUCAAGAGACCCAAUCGUUAAAGCACUGCAGCAGGACUGUGGACAUGUAAAGCCAAAGCAGAGAUGUUCGGAUUCUCAAACACAACUUCAAAUUCAGACAAGUAAAGCCCAUCAUAGCAAUGCAUUUGUCAAAUUAAGACGAUUGGCUGUUCUUGAAAGUCAUGUUGCAGAUAUGAAAACAUUAAAGUGUUCUGUAUUUUUAAACAAAGAUUGUACAAAAAUGUCCCUGCACCGUGGUCAACAAGACAUCAACAGUGAAACCCCAGAAUGCAAUAGUAAUUUAUCUACCACUUUAAAUGGUCCUCACAUGGAUUCCUCACUGGCUGAGUCUCCUUCUAAGGUGGGUGAAUCUCUUAUCAGACAGGAGGAAAACGAAAACAGCAAAGAGUUUACAUGCACACAGUUAAAUGCUGAAAUAUCUCAGCAUCUAGAGGGCCCAGCUGACCCUCCCUGCUCAGAUAAAGGGUGCUCUGUUGAGACCUCCAAGGAGCACAGCACUCAUGAAGGUGAAAGGGAUGACAUCAUAAUGAUCUCCUCUCCAACAUCCCCUUCUUUAUCUCCAGAUAAAGCAGAAAAUUCACUACAACGAGAAGUACUGUGCUCUAAACUAAAACAAAUGGAAUUAGACAAAGCUGAAUCUACGCAAAGCUUUCUCGCUGAUCCCUCGUUCCCCAACUCUCCUCCCACUGGACCAAACCCUUCUGAGAAUGUUGUCUGUGACUCUCCAUCCCACUCAAGUCCCAUAUCUCAUAACCUUAUGAGGCACAUCAGCCCAGCAACAAUCUCUCAGAAUACACCAGCUGGAACUAUAUCUGAAGGGCAAUCGGAGGAUGUUAAGGCUGAUGACGCCUCAAACCGCUCUGACGUCUUGCUCCAUGGCAUCCAUGAUGAACCUUUUAUUUCAGUGGCAAAUGAGGACAUGGAUGACAAAUCUUGGGCCGGGACAUACGGAGACUGUUGCAGCCCAGGGCCUUUUAUUUGGCAAGAGGGGAGUGACGGAGACGAAGUUAACAAAGAGAGCAGGUUUGAUUUGGACUUUAGGGCAGCUAGUAGAGAGGACAGGCACUUUGUGUGCCCAAUUGCACUCAGGAAAAUAAUGUCUGGACAUGCUCAAGCCCUGCCUGAUGAGGAAGAUGAAGGUUUUGGAGCUCCUGAGGUGCUAUGCCGCCAGAGCCUGGGUGUGGUUUAUACUACCAUUGAAGAAAACCUCACAGAAUGCACUUUGCAGCACUUAUCUGACCUGCUGCAGCCUGGUUACUAUCCCCCCAAGGAUAUCACCUCCCACCUGCUGCGUGGCGUUCUGCUCGACCACCAGUGUCCUUAUCACCGCUGCGUGCAGGCAUUUAACCUGCUGAUGAGGACACAGAGACACCACAUUGCUGAUAAAACUUCAGCUCCAUGGGACUGGGAGUUGUUGACCUCAGUCAUGGUCAAUCAGGACUGUAUACAGAGGCAUCGGAGUGAGGUUGUGCGUAUGCUCCUGGAUUAUGUUGUGCAGACUUUGGAAGAUGACUUUCAGGCCAAACAAUCUAUCUCUACCCUCCACCACUCCAUCGCCAAGACAACGUUGUCAUGUGAUGAGCAGUUCCCACGCGUCAGGGAGAUCAUCAAGUGGCUCUUUGCUGCCAUUAGGAAAUCAACAGAGCCUGGAGAGAGUAGAGAAGCAGCCAGAGAGAGGGAUGAACAAAUCCGAAUGGUGUCGACCUUCCAGAGGAUGUUGACCUUGGCUCUGGAGGUGGACCGCUCUCCAGCUCUAACCUCUGCCAAGCUGUCCCAGGAGCUCUUCCACAUACUCAUCAGCAAUACACCUCUACGAGCACACAGGAUGUUGUUGCUGGAGAGCCUGCAGAGCAAGCUGCUGAGAUGUAAGCUGUUGGAACAUCUGUUGGACUAUUCAUGCCCACUGAAAAUCACUCUGCCCAUGUCGCUCAGUCUUCUGCUUCACUUUUUGAAGCACUGCACUCUGGCACCAGACACUUCGGAUGGUACUGAAAGGUGGCAGAGGUGGGAAGAGUUGGUACAUCUUCUCUGGAUGUUGCUGCUCAGCUACAACAAAGCAAUGAAAGGCUAUCUGAGCAACUCUAUCUCUGAACAAAGAGGCAGGGUUGGCAACUUGGUCUACAGACCAGAUGAUAUGGUAUCAAAGCCUGCCAUUUGUGAUGCCAUGCAGGCCUUCCGUUCCAGAUCGCAGGCUGACGUCGGCCAAACCUUACCUCUCCAUGUUGAAGAGUCCCUCACUUAUCUACAGGAUCACCUGCUAGAUGUCUGUCAGUGUUGAAUUAAAAACGGUUUGUUGGACGAACUAUAAAGCAUUAGGUCUACAGACCAGAUGAUAUGGUAUCAAAGCCUGCCAUUUGUGAUGCCAUGGAGGCAUUCCGUUUCAGAUCGCAGGCUGACCUCGGCCAAACCUUACCUCUCCAUGUGGAGGAGUUGCUCACUUAUCUACAGGAUGACCUGCUGGAUGUAUUUCAGUGUUGAACAAACUGUUCUCAGUUUGUUUGAACUAUAACUAUAUUAGACUAAGUUAUUUAUUUAUUUUUUUACAUUUAUUGGUUUGAAUUCAAUUGUACAAUUUUUGGAAUCUGAAUAAAAGCUGAGUCUGGUCUAAUGAAAUGAAACUA